AUGGGAACGCCCAAAGUAGUAAAGAGCCAAGCUAUAGCAGACUUGCUGGCGCAAUUCCCAGGAGAAGAAGAAUUCUCGUUGGAUAAUGAAGUCCCAGGAGAUGUGGCUAUGGCAAAAGAAGUCAGAGAGCAAUGGGUGAUGAAGUUUGAUGGAUCUUUUACUACCCAAUCAGGAGGAGUGGGAGUAGUUUUGUAUCAUGAAGAAGACAAGGCUGUGGCACUAUCAUUCAAAUUAGAAUUUUCCUAUUCAAACAACAUGGCAGAAUAUGAAGCCUAUCUGACCGGGCUAGCCACAGCCCUCGAAAUGGGGGUCAAGCAUUUAAGAGUAAUGGGUGAUUCGAACCUAGUGGUCUGCAAAACCAAAGGGAGCUUCUCCUUAAAAGAACCCAGCCUAGCCCAUACAGAGCAAUGGCCCAGAAGAUCAAGGAAAAGUUUUUCAACCUUUGAAAUAGAACAUACUCCAAGGAACGAAAACCGGUUUGCGGAUGCGUUGGCCGUAUUAGGCUUACAAAUAAUUUUCGAAGGGGAUAGCACUAGGAUAGAAGUCAACAAGAGGAAAGAGUCUAUUAUUAAGAUGUUGAAAGAAUGGUUUCAGAAGGAACAGUGUGAAGGGGAUUGGCGAAUCCCCAUAAGGGAAGGCUUGAUGAAAGGAGAAGGUGCCGCAGAACUAAAGGUGUUGAAAAACUAUGCCUUGGUGAGAGGGGAACUGUACCGCAGGAUGCCUGGUGGGGUCUUGUCCAGAUGCGUGGCGCAGGAAGAGGCCUAG